AUGGAGCAGGCCAUGAUGGACCAGGCCGCCUACCACAAGCCCUUCCAGCAGCUGUUUGCCAACGUGAAGCAAAGCAUUGGUGAACUGUUGUGCGAGCCGUGGCUCGGGAUUGAGUGCUUCCGGCUGGAUGGAAGGCCGGUCGUGCAGCAUACUGUGACGCCCGACGAGUUCCGUAACAUGGAGCACGAUGGCCAGUGCAAUGUGCGCGACUACAUCGCCCUGCGCGACUACGAACGGCUCACGCAGCGCAUAUACAAAUGCUUCAUCUACCUGCGUGACCGCCACUAAUGGUUUGCCUGUCGAUGUUCGUGCGACAUCCCUCCUUCUGAUUCCUCUCUGUUCAUGUGUUCACUCAUGGACCAUGGCAAAACUCGCUAGCACGUUACAACUUGUGUGCGCAUGCCAAUCUAGCAGCAGCCUAGAUGAUUACAGCCCUAUAUUACAUCACCAGAUGCGAGUCAGUACCUUGGCCUUGUGUUUCUUUCUUUCCAUCCCUAAGAAGAAGCUUUAUCUCAGGAGUUCCUGUCUAUCUACAGUCGAACCUCAAUAACACAAUGAACACGGUUGUACAUCGUUGUACAACGAACAUAAACAAUGAACAUGGAACGAAUGAAGCCCACUUUGUCAGACUGUGUUUGUGAGUGCAAUGAAUAAGUAAACAAAUGCAGAGAAAAUAAAGUCUGUCAGAUGCGAU